AUGACAAAUUCCACAGAUUCUUCAACUUCAUCCUCACGAGCAUAUACCUCUGCUCAACAACAACAACAACAACAACAACAACAACGACAAUACCCUCCUGCUCCUUCACGUAAACCUGUACGUAGCGUGUCCCGGAGAGCAUGUCUCAACUGUCGUGAAAAAAAAAUUAAAUGUGACGGAAUCCACAAGUGUCGUACAUGUCGGGCAAAUAAUCUCGAAUGUAUUUUUGUCAAGAGUCAUCGUGGUGGUCGCAGAAAUAGGAAAAAUACAGAUGGAACUGUUGCAACAACAACAUCAACAUCAACAUCAACAUCAACAUCAACAUCAACAUCAACAUCAACAACAUCAUCAGCAUCAGCAUCAACAUCAUCAACUCAGAAAGGCCCAGAAAUUACUGUCAUUACUUCAACAACUUCUUCAGUUAAUAAAAAUAACAAUAAUAAUAACAGUAGUAGUAGAAGUAGAAGUAGAAGUAGAAGUAGAAGUACUAACAACAAUGCAUUAACUACAAGAACAACUUCAUCAUCCUCCAUCACUCCACCAAGUGGCCCUGCAACUCCUGGAAUUCUUCGCAAUCCUAGUCUUUCGCGAUCACCCAGUCUUUUUGAACAACACAAUCAUAACCAUCGAAAUUAUCAACAUAUGGCUUUGGGUCCUACUUGUUCUUCAUCAUCUUCUUUGGUAGUUCCACCUACAAUAAUACAACAACAACCUUCUACUUCGUCUACGUCUACGUCUACGUCUACAUCUAAAUCUUUUACUUCAUGUACACCUGCAAUUCUUUUACCACCAAUCAUCAAUGGAAGAGAUUCUGCGAUAUCUAAUACCAUAGGACCUGCUUCUUCAUCAUCUUCACCAUCUUCUUCCAGAGAAGCUUCGAAUCAACAACUACCACAGCAACACCUUUAUGGAACACAAGUGAUACCUUCAAAAGCAACCUACCAAAUACCCGGGCAACAACUCCAACAACACACACAACAGGGUCUUGUAAGGAGGAGUUCUGGGCCAGUUGGUCUGGGGCCUCAUAUUCAACAAAAUCAUCAUCAUCACCAUCACCUUCAUCAUCAUCAUCAUCAUCAUCCACUACAGCAACAGCAACAGCACCAACAUGAUGCACUCAGACUUAUUCAUCCACAUGUGACCACUCCAUUUUCAGAUUCUCACAUGUCAGUCGGCCCCAUUGACAAUGGUAUUAGCCAUCCGCUGGUCACAUCUUCGUCUUCUUCGUCUCCAUCUAACUUGUCUCCACCUUUGUCUUCAGGACGUCUGUAUACUACAUCGGCGUCACCUCAUCAUGGAAUAAUACCAGCAAGAACAAACAGCAAUAGCAGCAGCAGCAGCAGCAGCAGCAGCAGCAGCAGUAGUAGUAGUAGUAGUAGUAGUAGUAGUAGUAGUAGUAGUAGUAAUAGCAGUAGCAGUAGCAGUAGCAGUAGCUGUAGCAACACUAACACUAACAUUAACAUUAACACUAACACUAACGUCAACUCCAACGUCAACUCCAACGCCAACUCCAACAGCAAUAAUCUUCAUGCUCACCAAAAUAAUUCACUACCAGUAAUUAAUGCACUUCCUAAACAUGAACAUCAAACUCGAUUCAUGUCUUUACCACAGCUACCACCUAUCCGUUCCGUGGGAACAACAUCUAGCUCUACUGUUACCAGUGUAUGUGCAACAAGUUCAAGGCCCAUGGCCACUGCUUCAGUGUCUGUGACGAAUAGUCAAGCAACUCAUAGUGUUGGAGUGGUGACGAAUCACACAACAAUGCAAUCAGGACUUCAAAAUUAUCCUCAGAAGAUCCAGAAUUACCAUAAUAAUCAUCACAAUUCACAUCCUAGUCAAGGUUCUAUGGCUGGAGCCGAUGCCCUGAUGGCUUUGCCUCCAUUAAGGUACCCUGCAACAACAACAACAACAACAACGGCAACAUCACCACCACCACCACCACCACUGACCACUAAGAUAUCUUCAUCAACUUCGCCAACAAAUACAUCUGCUUCUAUACAAACCACUACUGUAGCAGCAGGUUCCAAAGAUGACACUACGUUUUUCAAAAACCCAUUCACACAUGGAAUCCAUGGCACAGCCAUGCAACCUGUUUCUUUGACGUCAUCAUCACCACCGUCUUCUAGUUCAUCAACAAGUUUAUCAUCUUCUUCAUCAAAUUCAUCAUCUUCAUCAUCAUCAUCUUCUUCUUCUUCUUCUGUGGCUUCUUCAGUGUCUUUAGGAUCCUCUGCUACUCCUUUUUCUUCGAUCGGGUCAUCUCAACAACAACAGGCAUCGUUGGAUGCGCUUCGAAAUCAAAUGAUGGCAUCUCCUCCACAACAACAACUACAGCAGCAACAACUACAGCAACAGCAACAGCAACAGCCAGCUCCUCUUCCUCCGUUAUCUUUUAAGAAACCUGCAACUCGAUAUCCCGGGUCAUCUUCAUCUUCAUCUUCAUCUUCGGUAUCAUUAUCUUCUGCUUCCUCUUCAGUAUCUUCUUCAGCAUCAUCAUCAUCAUCUCAACAACAAGGAAAUACCCGGCCACCUUCGUUUGGCGUUUCGCCUCGACAUUCCGUUAUUCAAGGAGAUUCUCUAAGUCCGCUUGCUUCUUCCUAUCCUGGUCAUUCUGUCAGUCGCUGGCCUAGCACGUUAAGUCCUAUGUCUCCUAAUAACAAUUCAGUAAACUCGAUACCAUCUUCAUCUUCUUCAUCUUCAUCUUCUACUUCAUCGCCAUCUUCCUCGGUCGCCGUUUCCUCGGGCUCUUUAUAUUUUCAACAGAUUAACCUUCCAAACUCUUCUCGCCCAUUAGCCACAGCUGUUGCAACACCCCACCACUACCACCACCCCCUCCUCCAUAACCAUUUCUCGGCCGGCCUACCGGAAACCCCGCGGUUGACACCCAGUACGGUAAAUCUUUCCAAACAAACUUUCAGGGUUCAGCAGCAGCAGCAGCAGCAGCAGCAGCAGCAGCAGCAGCAUGAAGAUUAUCAGAAACAAUCAGACUCAAAAUCUUCACCAACUUCCCACGCCGCCGUCGGGGGGCCUCGGGCGUCUCCGGGAUUUGUUUCUUUGGUCAGUUGUUCCUCUACUGAUACUGCAGACUCCAUUAGGUUCACAACUGAUGACAACCCUCAGGAAACAACCAACGGACCGAAUAGCGGACCGAAAAAUGAACAGUCACACAACCGCAAUUCCAUCAAACCAACAGGCUUAAAACAAGAACCUGAUAUAAGCACUGGGUCUGCAUCUCGGUCUGUGUCCCGGAAAAGGUCUCGGAAACCCCAGCAAGAUACAAAACUAAUAGCCACGGAAAAACCUCACCCUGGAAAAAUUUCGCCAAGCUUAAACUCCGUUCCUGAUGGAGCUUCAUCGGCACCCCUCACGAAUCUCGGCUCUCACACGCUUCACAAAGCAGCCACAAAAGCCAAAACUCCGCAAUCUACGGAGACCUCCUCGACGGUGUCCGAGGCUUCGCAUCGGGUUUCUAAUACACGGGCAAAUACAACAACAGCACCAUCAACAAGAAAAAAAACUAGUCCAUCAAUAUCGUCAUUAAAUACCUGGUGGAAACUCACGGACAUUGAUGUUGCAGAACUCGACUUGCCGCCAUUUGCAAUUGCCCAAUUACUUGUGGACCUCUUCUACUCUCAUGUUCAUCCAGCAUACCCUCUGCUUCCCUCAUGGAAUGACUUGCUUGCUGCUGGACUUUCCGUGCGCACCCACUGCGCCUUGCUCCACGCCAUGUUUGCGCUCAGUUGCCGGUUCCUGGACGCAUGCAUGGGGACUCUUGGUGAACUUCCUAGCUAUCACGAUUACGACCAUGUUAAUAACGAUGAAGAUAAUCAAAACAGCGACAAUAAGAAAUAUGCAAUCCCUCAGCUGCCUGAAUAUAUCAAAGACCCGGCUUACUGGCAUACCCAAUUCUUCAAACAUCGCUGCUCAUUAGACUCUACCCGAGCCGCACAGGCCCUGGUUCUCGCCUGUAUCUCCAUAAUGUCCACAGCUGGCCCUCUUGCCAACCCUUCGCCGCUUCUUAAUCUUCUUGACGAGGCCCAGCGUGUUGUUGAUGCCGUAUUUAUUUCUGUUAUCACAACUGCUGAUGAUUCUCCGCGCGUUUUACUCGACUACUGGCGCAGAACUGUUGCUAUUCCAUCUGCUUCUUCAUCCUCUUCUUCAUCCACUACCUCUUUUUCUUCAUUGCCUAUAAAACAUCCCUACCGUCCAGGUGAAUCCAUUCGUGCAAUGGCUGCUCUUCGUACAGCGCAAACUACAGAAUCAAUUGUCCGAACUACUUGGGAAAUUUGGAAACUCCGUGUGGCUACUGCCUUGAUACAUAAUGCACCUGCUUUUGCUCCUGACUUGCGAGCACACCGUCGCCUGCCCGUUCCCGACUAUGUUUUUGAUCCAGCUCUCCAACCUGCUCCAUCAUCUUUGUCUUUAUCAUCGUCGCUGAAGCUGCAGCAACAACAGCAACAACCUGCAUAUAAUACUGACUCUCCAGAGACGACUCUACCCGUUGCGCUUUUUUGGCGCGACGUUGAGUCUUAUAUCUCUGCAGAUCCAACCACGAAAAAGAUAACAACGCGUAAACUCGACUUUUCAACGCUCCACAUUGCUUGUGUCCACGCUCUCAAUCUCGCAAUCAAAUUCCGUCGUCAGUAUGCUGCGCUGGCCGAUACAAAUACCCUAUCUACCUACACAGCCCCAGGUGUUCCUAUGGUGGCCGGUCUUGCGCGUAUCGAUUCGCGCAUCAAAACGCUCCAUGCUCUUCUUCCGUCUCCUGACCUAUGUCUCGACUCUCCCGUGUGUGCUAUGGCCCGCGCAGCUCUUUGCACAGCAGCUCUCCAUCUGCAUAUUGAUCGUGCCCGUGCUCACCUUCUUUUCCGCGUGGCCCCUCCACUUACUACUAGUAAUACCCGCAGGUCUUCUUCUCUUUCUCCUGCAGCCCGCAUUAUCGAGACCCAAAUCGAGGAACCUGUACGCCGUUCCGCUGAGCACUCAACCACCCGCUCGUAUCUCUUGUGUCAGUGGGCUGCCCAUUGUCUCUAUUUGCUUUUGGGCUCUGGUGGUGCUGACGCCGAGAACCUGUCAGUUGCGCGGCUUCGGCCUGCGUGGGCUGUUUUGCCGCCCAUUCUUCUCUCUCACGCAAUUCUUCUUGGCGCCCCUGUUAUUGCCUCGGAUGCCGUGUUGCAAGCACGCUACCGCUCUGAGUUCCGCGAAAUGUGUCGCUCAACUGAUCUUCCGGCAAAACCCUCUCUCGGAAUUGCCAUGGCUGCUCACGGGAAUUUUACCCUUUACAGUCGUAAGAAACCUACCAGCACCUCCGCUGCCCCCUCUUCUACAAACUCAGAUACAUUUACCCGCAAACGCAAGCGUAGCCAGUCGAAUGAAAAACCAAACAAAUCGUUGUCAAAACAAAAAUCCAGGUUUCGGCGAGUAUCGAAUGAUAACAACUUUAAUCAAUCUGCUUCUGCGGCCGCUGCCGCAUCCGCUGCUGCUUCAGCUGCUGCAAAAUCAACGAAAACCGUCAAUGCUGAUGCUCACGACGAAGAACACGCCUCUGCUUCGGCUCGCCGUACAAUAACCGUCGAUAACCCUACUCCUGAGAAUUUGGCGGUUGCACGCCGCGAGGUUCUUACACGCGCUACCAGCGGUGCGGAAUUGAGAGCGGAGGAGCAAGCAGUCUCGGAAGCAGAGUCAGAGGUAGAAGAACGCGCCGAGCGCCGCGCACGGCAGCGCGCAUGCACAAGUGCGCGGCACGAUGCACAAGCCAAGGCUGAAACUAAGGCAUUUGCGCGCGUUAUUGGUUCCCAAGGAGCCCGCGCAGAUGCAGGAACAGCAGUAAACAGUGGUGAGGUUCAAAGCCAAGGUGCUGGUGCAAUAAACGGUGAUGGAAAUAAUUAUGACGGUGGUACCAACAACAACAAUAAUGAUAAUCAAGAACGACCGGCAACAGCAACAGCUACUCAAGCUACCGGACCUGGCGCAUCAACUGAAGCAGCAGCUAACGUGGGAUUGGACUCAAACGUAGACCUGUAUGCAGAUGCACAUGCUUCUGCUAAACUUGGCAGCGACGGGCCCAGUGUCGAAGUCACAUCCAAAGCUUCGCGGGGGAACAACACCGAUGCAACAGCCUCUGCCAAUGGACCAAGUCGUGCAACUCAAACCCAGGUUUCUCGUGGGGGUGACGGUUCUGAGGGUUCUUCGUCGUCAACGGCGGCAGCAGCAGCUGCAGCAGCUUCAGAUGAACGCGUGGAGUCGUCACAAAUCGCGGACUCUGAUGCAGUAGCAAGUAGUGCUGAAACUCGCGAGGUUCAAAUCCAAGAGUACACGACACCGGAGGGAAGUGUGCAAGUUGUUGCGAACGCUGAGGCAGAUGCAACUGCAGAUGCAGAGUCCCAUGCGCGAGCUCAAGGAUCGAGUCAAGCAGUAUCUGCGGCCACGGCUGCCGCUGUUGAUCCAAGAACUGCGGACGAUGAAGAUGAGUCUCAUGACGGUGACGAGAGUAGUCUUGCGAGCGGAUCGAGCAGUGAUGACGAAGACGACGAUGAUGAUUACCAAAGCAGUAUUAGUAGCAACGAGGAUUCCGGAAGAAGAGAUGUGCACGAGGAUGAUUCAGAUAACGAGUCGCAGCGGACGUUGCACGAUAACGAGGAACGUGAACGGGAUACAAGCGGACUGCGUGGCGGGCGGUUACGACGAGUGGCAGCGGCUGGCCGCGCGCUAGCUGAGUACCCAGACGCAUGGACAUCUUCACCUUCCUCUUCAACAGGAGCUUCUACUGCUACUUCUACUGCUACGCUUGUUGCUGCACCUUCUACCGCAGUGGCAUCUAUUUCUGCACCUGCAGCGGUGGCCUCCAAGACUCCUCACCACCCACCGUGGCGCGUGGCUGUUGGGUACUACGGUUCUGCAAACGCGUGUGUGUGCAAGUUGGGUGUGCUUCUAAAGGCUGCGCAGACGGUGGCCCGCGUGUGGCGUCAUGGAGUGCCUGGGGUUGUUCCAGUAAUUGUGGGGAGCCGUUGGGGGGACGGAUUACACGAAGACACUGGGCCUGCUUCUUCUGUUGCUCAUGGUGAUAAUGACAAUGAUGUCAAUGGAAUCAAUGAGGACGAUGAUGAAAAUGCGGUUUAUUUUGGAAUUACAAACUUUGGAGGCAGUGCACACCUCGAUAAUCUUGUAUUCUGGUCGAGCCGCAGUUUGGCUGCGGAGUGCUAUAUGGUUGUACGGGCUGUAACGGUUCAAUGUGACGCGGGACUGGGGGAGUCCAUUACGCGUGUGUAA